AUGAGAACGACGAUGACGUUUCUUCUUUCCUGGUGCUCCUCUCUCGUAGCCGCCAUCCUCGUCCUCAGGAUCUGUCCAGUAAGAGCUCAGCUUGCCGAUCAGCAAGCCAUGGCGGUCCUCCACGACGCUCUCUCGGUUCCGGACUGGGGCCCGAGGGAUUCGGACUACUGCUCAUGGCGCGGAGUCACCUGCGGGGGACCUAAUGGGACUGUUGAAGUGCUUCUCCUUCCUCACCGCGGUCUCAGUGGUAACAUCUCCCCCAUCUCCGAGCUCAGGUCGCUGAAGAAGCUAGACCUCUGCGCCAACUCCUUUCAUGGCCUCCUCCCCCCCUUCUUUGGAAAACUGACAGAGCUCGAAUACCUCGACAUGUCCAUGAACAAGCUCAGCGGCCCGAUUCCGUUGUCCCUGGGUGCCCUCCGGAGCCUCAGAUCGCUGAACCUGUCGAAUAAUCUUCUCUCGGGGGAAAUACCAGGCGAGUUUGGAAACCUAGGAGGGUUGCAGGAGCUCCACAUCUCCGGGAACAACCUGAGCGGCUUCAUUCCCCGCUGGGUGGGAGAUUUGCCCUACCUUCGGGUUUUCUCUGCAUAUGAAAACAAUCUAGAGGGGAGGAUCCCAGAGAAUUUAGGCUCUGUUUCCCAGCUUCUGCAAGUGCUCAAUCUUCACUCCAACCGGCUCACGGGGCCGAUCCCUGAGAGCAUCUUCGCCGGCGGGAGGCUGGAAGUCCUCGUCCUGACCUUGAACGAGCUGGAAGGUAGCCUCCCCCCCUCGAUCGGGAACUGCUCCGGCCUCUCCAAUCUCCGAAUCGGGAACAACCGGCUCGCCGGAGCAAUUCCGGCGACGAUCGGGGACAUCCAGAGUCUGACCUACUUUGAAGCCGACAACAACAACUUCUCCGGCGAGAUCAUCCCGGAGUUCUCCCGGUGCUCCAACCUCACCCUCCUGAACCUGGCCUCAAAUCGCUUCACCGGGGAUGUUCCCGCUGAGCUCGGAGCGCUGAAGAACCUGCAAGAGUUCAUAGCCUCCGGUAACAGCCUCACCGGUGGCGUCCCCAGACCGCUUCUCCAGUGCCGGAGCCUCAGCAAGCUCGAUCUCAACGGCAACAGGUUGAGCGGCAGCCUCCCCGACGAUCUCUGCAACACGUCUAGGCUGCAAUUCCUCCUCCUGGGCGACAACUCCAUCACCGGGGAGAUACCUCGGGAGAUCGGAGACUGCGUGAAGCUGCUCGAACUGCAGCUGGGUGGCAACCACCUGACCGGGAAUGUCCCGCCGGAGAUUGGGAGUCUCAGGAACCUGCAGAUCGCACUCAAUCUGAGCUUCAACCAGCUCGAAGGCCCGCUGCCCAAAGAAAUGGGGAGGCUGGACAAGCUCGUCUCAUUGGACAUCUCCGACAACCGCCUGACAGGUCGUAUCCCUCCGGAGCUCAUCGGCAUGCUGAGCCUGAUAGACGUCGACUUCUCGAAUAACCAGUUCACGGGGCAGAUCCCCAUCUUCGCCCCUUUCCAGAAGAGCCCGCUCUCGAGCUUCUCCGGGAACGAAGGCCUCUGCGGGGACCCUUCGAACCUCUCCUGCGACAUCUCCGCCGGCUCCGGCGCCGCCGCCGCCCACCGCAAGGUAUCAUCCAAGAUGGCGCUGGCCGUGAUCGGCUCCGGCUUGACUGCUUUCACCAUGGUGACGCUCGUCGUCCUCCUGUUCAUGCUACGGGAGCGGCAAGAGAUGGCCGCCGCCAUCGCGGCGGGGGACGUGAAGAAGGUGCCGCCAGCUGCGGCGGCGGCGGCGGCGACGGGGGUCUUCGUGGAGCACCUGAAGCAGGCCGUGGACUUGGACUGCGUCGUCAGGGCCACCAUGAAGGACGAGAACAAGCUCGGCGGCGGGGCCUUCAGCACCGUUUACAGGGCGGUGAUGCCAUCGGGGCUGACGCUGGCCGUGAAGAGGUUGAAAUCCGUCGACGGCACCGUGGCCCGCCACCGGAACAGGAUGAUCAGGGAGCUGGAGAGGUUCAGCAGCCUUGCGCAACCCAAUCUGUUGAGGCCCAUCGGCUUUGUGAUCCACGAGGACGUUGCUCUGUUGCUGCACCAUCACACGCCGGAGGGGACGCUGGCUCAGCUCCUCUACGGCAGGGCCGGCGGUGAAUUCCUGCCGGACUGGCCGAGGAGGCUCCGCAUAGCCGCCGGCGCGGCCGAAGGGCUGGCCUACCUCCACCAGGCCUCCAUCGUCCACCUCGAUAUCUCCUCCUGCAACAUCUUCUUGGACGCCGACCACAACGCAUUACUUGGGGAGAUUGAGAUCUCCAAGCUCCUCGACCCGUCCAAGGGAACAGCCAGCAUCAGCGCCGUUGCCGGGUCCUUUGGUUACAUCCCUCCGGGUAAAAAUCCUUUCUUCCUCAAGCUUGCACUGGACUGGUUAACCUGCUGCUCCUUACACUAAGCUGCUGUUCCUUCUUUCUCUUCUGGGAUCUGCAGAGUACGCGUAUACCAUGCAGGUGACGGCGGCAGGGAACGUGUACAGCUACGGGGUGGUGCUGCUGGAGAUGCUGACGAGCAGGGCACCGGUGGAGGAGAGCUUGGGGGAAGGGAUGGACCUGGUGAAGUGGGUGCGCAGCGCGGCGGAGAGAGGGGAGAUGCCGGAGCAGAUAAUGGACCCGAGGCUGAGCGCCGUCUCUUUCGCCUGGCGGCGGCAGAUGCUCGCCGUCCUCCGGGUGGCGAUGCUCUGCACGGACCCCACCCCGGCCACCAGGCCCAGGAUGAAGGCCGUGGUCCAGAUGGUCCUCCAAGCUCAGAAAGACUCGACUCCUUAA